AGAUUGGAUGCACGCGCGUGAGAAACACGCUGUCAUGAGGCAGUGACAGUUCUGAUCCAUCACUGUACAGUGGUAACCGGUAACCUGCUUCUUCUUCCGUUAUCCCUGUCUUCGUUUCUACACACUGUGCGCACUAUCACCGAUUCAUCAUGGCAAUAAUUUAGACCUGCUGAUAAGGCAAUGAAUCCUUCUCUCACUUCUUCUUCGAGCUUGUCGUCUUCAUCUUCUUCUUCUCCAUCCUGGUUCUCCGGAAUCGUUCGCGGCGGUCGUUCCAGUAGUUUGAAAAUGUCCAGUAACUCCGCCGUCGCCGUCGCCGUCGCCGCCGACACCGCCGGUCCCGUCAUCCGCAAAAAUCAGUUCCGAGGGGUUCUGUUCAAGUACGGUCCCAAUCCUAUUCAGGUUGCAUUCAAGACUGGUGAAUUCAAACGGCAGGUCAUUUUUAUUGGUGGAUUGACUGAUGGUUUUCUUGCUACUCAAUACUUGGAACCUCUGGCAAUUGCUCUGGAUCUUGAGAAUUGGUCAUUAGUUCAAUUUCUUAUGUCAUCUUCUUACAGUGGAUAUGGCACCUCCAGCUUGCAACAAGAUGCUAAGGAGCUGGAUCAGCUGAUUAAUUAUUUAAUAAACAAAGAAGAUUCUGAAGGUGUGGCAUUACUUGGGCAUAGCACUGGCUGUCAGGAUAUUGUGAAUUACAUGCGCACCAAUUAUGCUUGCUCCCGAGCUGUUCGUGCUGCCAUCUUUCAGGCUCCAGUCAGUGAUCGGGAAUAUCAAGCUACACUCCCUCAUACAGCUUCUAUGAUUGACCUGGCUGCUAAGAUGAUAAGUGAAGGCCGAGGUUUAGAGUUAAUGCCAAGGGAAGCAGAUCCCAGUGCCCCAAUAACUGCCUAUAGAUAUCACUCCCUUUGUUCAUAUAAUGGUGACGAUGAUAUGUUCAGUUCUGACCUAAGUGAUGAUCAAUUAAGGAUGAGACUUGGACACAUGUCUAACACCCAUUGUCAGGUUAUAUUUUCAAUGGCUGAUGAAUAUGUUCCAGACUACGUUGAUAAGAAAGCACUGGUUGAGCGAUUAUGCAGAGCGAUGGGAGGAGCAGAGAAGGUAGAAAUCGAAUAUGGAAAUCACUCCCUGUCUAACAGAGUUGAAGAAGCGGUCAAUGCUAUUAUUGACUUCUUGAAAAGAGAGGGACCCAAGGGCUGGGACGAUCCAUGGAAUUAAAUGUUGAUGUCUUUAUCAAUUUUCACUGCCUUCUUUUGUUAUUAUUAUAUUUUUUUAUUCCCAUAUGUCAAUCUUUCCAAUUUCUCCGCAUAUUUUUUUUUUGGAGGUGCGGUUUGAAUCUGUUGGGGUUGUUAUUUGCAACCUUUAGUUUUUGUUGAUAUAGUAGAUGUUAAUAUUUAUUGUCUUGGAAAAGAUAGUGUAUCGGUUUUUUGAAUUCAUUAAUUUUAACCCAAAGAAAUUUUGC